UUCCCAUUGAUGCCACACGGGGACUGAAGAUGCUCUACGUGUUCGUGGACAUAAAGAUCGAUGCGUCCCAUUUCCUCGAGACCAUUCGCUUCAACUUCGCAGCGGGCACCUCCCUCGCGCUCGUCAGCACCAUCCAGUUCGUCUCCACCGUGCAGCGCGAUAAUAUGCUGCUGCUGUAUUUGGGCGAUGGGCGCUUCCAUCUGGAGUCCAUCAUGAUCACCAACCCAGGGAUACCUGCGUACAGGUACGAUCCCUACAGCAAGGUCUUCUCCCAGGAGCACUACAGCCACGAGCGCAUGCACCGCACUCGGCAGGACGCCAUCCGCUCCGCCGCCAGCGCCCGCUGCUGGGGGCUCAUCUUGGGCACCUUGGGGCGUCAGGGCUCCCCCCGCAUCCUGCAG